AUUCCCCCUCCUCCCUCGGUGAAUGAAGCCGCCAUCUUGUUGCGCCGAGGAGGAGAAGAGCAGCAGACAUGGCGGACUACAGCAGCGUGGCUCCCCCGUCCUCUAACGCCGGUGGCGGAAUGAACGAUGCUUUUAAAGACGCCUUACAGCGAGCACGACAGAUCGCAGCAAAGAUCGGCGGUGAUGGCGUUGCGGCUCCCCCGUCUAGCGAGUUUGGCUAUGGAGGCCAGAAAAGGCCCCUGGAGGACGCUGGUGGGUAUUUUCCCAUGCCUAACCUGAAUAUCGACCAACCAGAGACAAAGAAAGUGGCCACAAACGAUGCCUUCUCAGCGAUUGGAGGAAUGGGCGGUCCUCCAAGGUCGGCGUCUGAAGAAUUCAAGGUUCCAGACGGAAUGGUUGGAUUCAUUAUUGGAAGAGGAGGUGAACAGAUAUCACGUCUCCAGCAGGAGUCUGGGUGUAAAAUACAGAUCGCUCCUGACAGUGGCGGGAUGCCCGACAGGUCGGUGACGUUAACGGGGUCACCAGAUUCAAUCCAAUCUGCAAAGAGGUUGUUAACAGAGAUAGUCGAGAAGGGACGUCCGGCCCCGGCGUUCCACCACAACGACGGUCCAGGAAUGACUGUUCAGGAGAUCAUGGUGCCUGCUUCUAAAGCCGGUCUGGUGAUCGGAAAAGGAGGAGAAACGAUCAAAAGCCUUCAGGAACGAGCCGGAGUGAAGAUGGUCAUGAUCCAAGACGGACCCCAAAACACAGGCGCAGACAAGCCACUCCGCAUUUCAGGAGAACCUUUUAAAGUUCAGCAAGCCAAAGAGAUGGUGAUGGAGCUGAUCAGAGACCAGGGCUUCAGGGAGCAGAGGGGCGAGUACGGUUCGAGGGUCGGAGGAGGUGGAGGAGACAGUUUAGACGUUCCCGUGCCGCGGUUUGCAGUGGGAAUCGUCAUUGGGAGAAAUGGUGAAAUGAUCAAGAAGAUACAGAACGACACAGGUGUCAGGAUUCAGUUCAAACCAGAUGACGGCAGCACACCAGACAGGAUAGCACAGAUCAUGGGGCCUCCCGACCAGGCUCAGCACGCGGCAGAAAUCAUUUCCGACCUGCUGAGGAGCGUCCAGGCCGGAGGACCACCGGGACACGGGGGCGGCAGAGGACGUGGCCGCGGGCAGGGCAACUGGAACAUGGGGCCCCCGGGUGGUCUGCAGGAGUUCACCUUCACAGUCCCGACCAUGAAAACCGGACUGAUCAUAGGAAAAGGCGGUGAGACAAUCAAAGGCAUCAGCCAGCAGUCAGGAGCCAGAAUCGAGCUUCAGAGGAAUCCUCCGCCCAACGCCGACCCCAACAUAAAGAUGUUCACUGUUAGAGGCUCCCCUCAACAGAUUGACUACGCCAGGCAGCUGGUGGAGGAGAAAAUCGGGGGACCCGUCACUCCGAUGGGCGGCCCACACGGUCCUCCCGGUCCACACGGAGGACCAGGCCCACACGGACCCCCGGGACCACCCGGGCCUCCUGGUGCUCCCAUGGGUCCCUACAACCCGGGACCAUACAACCAGGGGCCUCCAGGGCCACAUGGUCCUCCGGCUCCUUAUCAGCCUCAGGGGUGGGGCAACGGCUACCCACACUGGCAGCAGGGACAGCCAGAUCCAAAUAAAGCAGCAGCUGAUGCCAACGCUGCAGCGUGGGCGGCUUACUACGCUCAGUACGGUCAGCAGCCACAGGCUCCCAUGACCCCGACCAGCGGAGCUCCUGGCACGACUCAAACCAACGGCCAAGGUGACCCACAGGCUGCAGGUCAGAGUGGACAGGCAGAUUACACCAAGGCCUGGGAGGAAUAUUACAAGAAAAUGGGUCAACAGAGUCAACAACCUCAGGACUACACGAAAGCCUGGGAGGAGUAUUACAAGAAACAAGGUCAAGCUGCCCCUCAGGCUGCAGCAGCGCCUGCAGCCUCCCAGCCCGGAGGCCAGCCGGACUACAGCGCCGCCUGGGCGGAGUACUACCGGCAGCAGGCGGCGUACUACGGCACGGCCAACCCUCAGACCAUGGGCGCGGCACCACAAGCCCCUCAGGGCCAGUAAUGUGAAGUGGACAUAAAGUAAAUGCUACAUUGUCGAAAACAAAAUCCUUUGUUAAAUGUUUGGAUGCAGACGCCUUGAUGAAGAUCUUAAAUUUCCUUGGUUUGAAAGUGUUUCACAUAGAUGGCAGAUUACCCGGCGAACACGUCCUCCUUGAUUUAUUAUUUUCUUUUUGUUUUUUUUUUCUUUUUUUGUUGUUGUUGUUUCUCUUUUUCUUGUAAAUGCUUUGUUUUUAGUGAGGUAAUUAUACAUAUGGUCAUUCCAGCCCUGUAUCUACAUUAAAUGUGGUUAGAACUCAUGUUUAUUAAACUGUAGACAUUACCAUGUAAAUCAUCUCAGUUUUAAAAAUGCUAUUGCCUGUUGUGUUUUUCCAAUAAAACAAACUGAAACCUCC